UCUUCGGCGGCGAGGAUGCCUCAGUGACGUCAUCGCAGCGCUACAGCCACGCGCAGAAGGGGGAGAGAGAGUGUAUUAAACCCGGGCGGAGUGUGAACAUGUGAACACAUGAGAAAACUGUUCAGAGAAUGCACCGAGCACAGCAUCGUCUUCAGUCGGAUAUUGUUUUGGAAAGGAGAGAUUUGGUGAAUGUGAUGAUGAAGCGCCCUCUGCUGCUGCUGCUGCUGCUGCUGCUUCUGCAGCUUGUGCUCGAGAGUCAGGGGCUGCGAUACUCCAACAAUUACUACUAUCAGGACUUAUCAUCUGAUGGCCACGGAAACGGAGAGAUAUACUUCAGUGGUGUGCGUCUUCACGUGGAAUCUCCACAAGCUUUGGUGUCUGCUGUACAAGGAGGCAACGUGACUCUUCCGUGUGUGUACCGCUACGAGCCGGAGGUCAAUUCACCUCGCAGGACAAGGGUGAAGUGGCUCUGGCAGCCCAACACAGGUGAAACCAAAGAGCUGCACGUCAUGGUGGCUUUGGGGUCUCGCCACAGGAGUUACGGCGACUUCCGGGGCCGCGUACGUCUACGCCGGAGCACUCCAGGUGACGCGUCUCUGAUCAUCAACCAGCUGCAGAAUGAUGACACCGGGCGCUACCGCUGUGAGAUCAUAGACGGCCUGGAGGACGAGAGCAUCACCGUGGAGCUUCAGUUUCGGGGUGUAGUGUUCCCAUAUUACUCUCCCAUGGGCCGCUACCAGUUUAACUUCCAGGAAGCUAAAGAGGCAUGUGAGCAGCAGGGUGCUUGCCUGGCCACCUUUGAACAGCUGUUUACAGCCUGGGAUGAAGAAGAUUUUGACUGGUGCAACGCUGGUUGGCUGGCUGAUGGUACGGCACAAUACCCUGUAUCGGUGCCUCGAGAGGCCUGUGGUGGUACAGACCUGGCACCGGGAGUCAGGAGCUAUGGCAUUCGCCACAAAACCAUGGACCGUUUUGAUGCAUUCUGCUUCACUUCUUCAAUCAGAGGUGAGGUUUACUUCCUGCAGCACAAGCUGAAGCUAAACUUCUCUGAGGCGGUGGAGGAGUGUGUACAGGAUGGUGCACAGAUUGCUAAAGUGGGUCAGCUGUAUGCAGCGUGGAGGUUUGCGGGGUUGGAUCAGUGUGAUGCCGGGUGGGUGGCUGAUGGCAGCGUGCGGUACCCCAUCACCAAACCCAGAGCCAACUGCGGCCCACCUGAACCUGGUGUGCGGAGCUUCGGCUUCCUGCCCCAGCAUUUGAAAUAUGGAGUUUACUGUCACAAAGUCAGAUGGUAAGAUUUUGCCACAGCCAGGGUCAACAGUUAAAAAUCAAUCAAAACUAAUGUGAAUUCUGGCAGAUGAUAUAGACUAUGCUUUGAUGAUUCACCUUCUAAUUCUUGUAAUACAAACGAAGGGUGUCAGAGCUGUUCCUGUGAAUCUGCAAGCAGUUUAGUUUUGAUUAAAUGGACUGAUUUGUCUUCAACUAUUACAUUUCCUGAUUUUAUAUAGAAUUGAGCAUAAAAAAACAAGUGUCACUCAGGGAAAAGGUCUGCAAAAACUGCCCUUGGUAAAUUCUCUCAUAUCAGCUAAACCAAUGGACCUUCACUGUAUAAUACAUACAAUGUGUUCUGCCAUCACAUGUACUACAGAUAUGUACUAUAUGUCACAUGUAUUAAAUGUCACAUACAUAAUGAUGCGGCAAAGCAAAGGUCUGUGAUAUAUUUUUGCUUAAAUGACAGCAUUUAAGCAUAGCAUAUGUAGUAUCCUACAUAUAGUCACUCUUAUAAUUUCACUAAUUGUGUUUAGGCUGUAGUCCAUGCAUGUUUACAGUCUAUUUUGUUUAAAGAAAAUCAACAUGCAGAUGUUUAAUUAACUAUCAUUUUCGAUAAUAAAUGUGUGUGUGUUUUUUUUUUUUCCAAACAUGUGUAUAGUGCUGAUUGAGCUAAUCAUAUUUUAUUUAUUUACUUGUCAAAUAUGGCAUGAUGGUGUGGUGUAGAGCAUUGCUCCCAUACAGCUCUGGGAUUCCUGUGUGUGUGUGUGUGUGUGUGUGUGUGUGUGUGAGUGAGUGAGGUACACUGACAUGGACUGGUGUCCCAUUCAGGGUAUAUAAAAGCGCCUGCCCCACCACACAUUAGUAUUCCUGGGACAGUUUUCGCAUGCCACCUCAGCCAUUACUAGGAUAAAGCAAAAAUCAAAGAAUGAGACUAACAUACUGUAUAUACUACUGAAAACUGCCAUUUAACACUACAAUGAUGAAAUUUAUAAAACAACUUGCUGUCAGCUGAUAUUUUUAAUCCAUCAGUGGUGGACAAAAAUCCUUAAAUUCCUGACCAGUUAGCCUAAAUGUAAAGCCUAAACCUCAAUUCAGUUUGUAGGCCUACAGCACAGACACGGCACUGGGCUGAGAGUUAAUUGAAACACUAGUUAUUCACCCAUAUGGAUUUAGUGCUGCUUUUUAUACAGUUGAUCAUAAAUUUCUUCUCAGCUCACUUGACAUCCUGUUUAAAUAUGCUGCACUAGAUAUUCAUUUGCAAUCACUGCUGCGUCUCCAUUUCUUGCUUCUCUGCUUUUAAUCAUACAAGACAUAUGCUUCCACUCUAUUAAUUAACAACUGUGGCAUUUUCCUAUCUAUAUGCAGUUGACACACGGCUAUUAAAUUACUUUAAUGUGCUCAUCAGUCUAUGCUUAACUACUUAUCUGUUAACAUAUGGAAGCAAUUAUGAACAAUCUUAUUAAUAAAAAUAAACCAGCAGUCAUCUCAAGGCCAAAACUCCAUUAAAAUAAAAAAUAAAAAAAUCACUUUACAAAUGUCUACAGUAUGGAUGACAGAGUCAACAUUCUAUGUGUGUUUUCAAUGUGUGUGGUCCCUAGUUUCUAGAAACAUACGGUACGGAUGGUAGAUGGACUCUAAAUUGCUCCUACGUGUGAAUAUGUGUGUUUAUGGUGUCUUUCAUGCCUAGUGUUUCUGAUUCCUCACCACUCUGACCAGGAUAAAGUGGCAACUGAUGAUAAAUGAAUGAAUAAAUGAAUGAAUGUCACAAACAGCACACCACCAUCACUCUAAUGAUGAAGAUGAUGAAGAGCAUUCAUCACAGUCUUAUAGUAGGAUAAUGGUUUGCUGUAUUAGUCUGGAAUUUUCCACACGUUUCGGCUACUUUUAUGGAGUGAUCAGUAGAGGGCACACUGAGCUCUGUGUGAAAAAUCUUAGAUGAGGGAGAUAUAGCCGGGGACACACAAAGAGCCUCUGCUGGACCUCGUGCUCAAGCCGUAUGCCACCUUGUCUGACCUGGCUGCCAGCUAGAAAGCUUUGAGCUUCUUUAAUGCAUUUAGGCAAAUAUAAUGAUCAGUAAUUUUCAUAGAUGUCCUAUUUUACACCUGCUUUCCCGAACAUGGAGGAAGUGUAUGUUUGGGAGUGAUGUUAGAAUAAAAAGACAGCACUGUUGCCAAGCUACUCAUUUUUUCUCUCCUAUGCCCUGCAUGAAGGUACAUACUGUUGCCUAUGAAAGACAUAUUCAUGGGUCUGUUUUUUUCCUCUCAAAGAUUCCUGGAGAUAGAUCUGUUUAACUAAAUAAGCUGUUUAUGCAGAAGCUGUACAGGGAUGAAUGACUGCAAAUGAGUUGUACGGUAUGUAUCUUAAUAGUUAAUGAUUAUUAUUAUAGUUAUUUAUUUAUGUAACACUUGUUGCACUAUUAUUUCAUUUAAGUGUGGUUAAAUGAAAUAAUGAUAUGAUUCUAAAGUAAACAACAAAAAACAAUUCAAAACAGACAUACAACAUCAACAGGGGCCUGGAAACACAGAUAUUUAGUCUUGGUUUAUUCAGUGGACACAGGUGUGGCACUCAGAUAGCUAUGAGCUCAGUGUAACAGUUGACAGCAAGACAAUGGCAUAUAAAAGUGUAGGCUAUUGCUUUGUAUGACUAAAAUACAAACCAGUGCAAUGAUCACUGCUUAUCUUACAGAGACGGCUCUGGGUUACCCAGAUAAAUUUUGGCUUGUGAACCUGUUAAUAUUUGUGGCCAUCUUCCAAUAUCAGCAUAGUUUUGUUUUUUUGUUUUUUGUUUUUUGUUUUUUGCUGGUGGCUCUAGCGAUCUCUGUAAUAUAAGCAUUAGGGGGACUAGCGUUCCUAAAUGAAAAGACAAUUAAAUGUGCUUCAAGCCUCUAGUCCUUAAUAAAUAAUGUUUUCAUUUCAGUUGUUAAAAUAUAUCAUGAAUUUUAAAAAUUUCCAGUGAACAGAAACAGAAAUGCAAUGGAUGUUUUUCUUUAUCUUUCACAGUCUCACUUGCAUCCUGUGAUGAAGCUAGGCGUACAAAAAAUAAAAGGACAAACAAAGGACAGACAAAACAAGAAAAAAAAUUGGUGUCUUCAGAAUUCAUUUGAAAUACUUCUGAGUUUAUUAUAUCCGGCUGUAGUCACUGAAGCCUUUUGUCUUUUUAAGUAAGUGUUACUCUUAUGCCCACCAUACAAUCGCUCACUCUUUCUCUCUUUUACUCACUCGCAUGAAACAGCAGAGAAAAUGAUGCAAAGCAGGAAGAAGAAAGUGUCACCAGUUGAGCACAAAGAAUACUUUUCAAAAAGUUUGUUUCCAGGGCUUAAUUAUUUUUUUCCCCCCAUGUCCACGAAAUUUUCAGCCUGUUAUUGAUUACGGACUAAAAUGAUCUAAUUUAGUUUAUUUUAGGUUUAAAUAAUCAAAUUCAGUUUUGUAAACUUUUACUCACUCUUUCUUCUUUCAUGUGAUUACUUGACUUUCAAAUUAGUUUCGCUGUAGUUAUGGAAUAAAUUCAAGUAGUCAAGCAUGAAUAAUAAUAAAAAUACAAGCUGGGACUUAGAGGGGUUAACCUUGGGUUAAACAUUGGGUUGUAUAAGAAAUAAAA